AUCGUGUAGACCGUCGCCAAUGGAGUGUAGUCGCAAUUAUUGCGUCAACAAUCGCAGUCUGUGUCGUUAGCGAUUGGCCAGUCCCGAAGAGCGGGAAAUCCCCGUUGAAACCUGCUCUUCCGCGGUUGUCCGUCCCCGCGGUUCUCCCGCUGACGUCUUUCGCGUCACCGCCAACCCCGUGCUUCGUCAGAGACAUUCCGACGACUGACGAUUAGUAUCGCGCUGUACGACUCCGUCGCGACGUCGUGAUUUUCCCAAGAACACUUGGUGCCAAGUUGUCCACGACAGUGAUGCGCGUUCAUGUUUUUCGACGAUACGUGUGACACGCGCGUUUAGUGACAGCAACGUUUAAAUGAAACGCUCCGUUUGAUUCCACGUUACUUAUUGUUCAAAGGCAAAGUGAAAUCGAAGGGAAUGGAUCCGUUUGACAGUCUCGACAGGUCCGAUCUGUCGGAGGUGUAUCCGUCGUUCACUAAUCUCAAUGACCACGAUGACGAUCACUCUUUAUUGGACAUGGACGAGGUGCCGAGGAAAUGCGAGUUCAACCGAAAGAAAUGUAGCUUCGGUGACGAUAACAACGAGGUGAUCGAUGGUACCGGUUGGUCGGAUAAACCUAUCAGAAACUGGUGUCAAGAGGAGACAAUAAAUUGGCUAAUGUCUGCCGCGUCUUACAUCGGGCAACCGUACAGUUUGAUUCAGCACAGUCUCGCGGUGCCAGGAAACGAGCUGGUUACCUUCACGAGAAACGAUUUUAUCAAUCACGAUCCCAUAUACGGAGAUCGACUUUACGGCCUGCUCCACUCUCAGCCCAACUCGAAUCUGCUUCCAUCGUUCGAAACCAUUCACCCUCCUUCCAACAACGCAUCAGACGCAGAAUCAGACAACAGUAUCGAAGUCCCAACCAAACAGCUGCUGAGGGUAUCAAAACCGAAGAAAAAUUCCACUAGCCAGGGAAAGCUUUGGGAGUUUAUUAGGGAUUUAUUACGCAACCCCGAAACGUGUCCCAGUUUAAUUUGCUGGGAAGACUAUUCGCAAGCGAAAUUUCGAUUCGUUAAAAGCGACGAAGUCGCGAAACGAUGGGGCUCGCGAAAAGGAAACACGAAGAUGACGUACGAGAAACUUAGCCGAGCCAUGAGAUACUAUUACAAAAGCAAAAUCUUUCUACCUGUACUUGGACGAAGGUUGGUCUAUCAGUUUGGACCUAAUGCAAAGGGCUGGCAGACUGAGAAUCCGAAUUUUCGAUAUUAGGAUUUUACGGAUUCCUUUCAAGUCUCAACCCUUGUAAAAAUUGUACAGACACUGAAAAUAAUAUUUGCGAUCGAUGAAUUUCACGUGCAGGAUACUUUCAGAAGAUUUGUACAGAGAAGAAAGAAUAUUGAAAAUAUUUUGAUACCGGGGGGAGGAAAAGUGUUAAACGUUGGCUCGAUUAAGAAUGUUAAAAGACUAAAGAGAACAGAUCUAGUAUUACAGGUGAUACACACGCACACGCACACUGACUAGGUGUAAAUAAUAUAAAGACAGUAUGAAUGAACAAAAAUGUCGAGAUUUUUCAUAUUAUUGUACGCAUGAAUGAGUAAGUCUGUGAUAAUAAGCGGAAAGCGAAAUACGAGUGCGAAUUGAUUUACUUUUAUAUAAGGUUUUCAUAGUGUAUUUAAUUUUAAGCAUAAUAGAUCGUUUACUUAUGUAAAAGUAUACAUAUAAUCAAGAAAGACAAUAAUUCUCGUGACUUACAAUCAAAUAAAUUUGCUAUUACUUAUUCUUUUUUUAUAUCACAGAGUUGUGUUAUGUACCUUAAUUUGGAAGCAUUCGAGUGUCUUUUAAAUCGACCCAUGGCUAACGGUCAGCUUUAAAAGAGGAAAUUAAAUUAUCUUACGAGUAACAAACGACACAGUACGAUCUCGUUUAUUUUUCUCCUGGAAGAAGAAUAUAGUUGAACUCUGUAUCGUUUGUUUACAAACUAUGGAAGUAUGGAAUAUCAGAUUUAAUUCGUAUCGUAUCAAUGCACCCUAAUUAACAGUUAGUGUCGAUAACUGGAUACUUAUUCCUACAAUAGCGCAUGCAAAAAAGCUUGCAGAUAUUUAUAUUGACAGAAAUUUCAAGCGAUUCGAGUACUUGUCGGCAAGUAUUUAAAUACUGCAAUUUAAGAUACAACGUUGUAUCGUGGUCGACAAGAUAUACAAGCUAAAGGCAUGCACAAUUUUAUUUUAAAUCGAUUUGUAAAAGAUAUUUAAGGCUGCUGGAUCGCGUUUUGUUUCAGCGAACUCGAUUAUCGUUGUUUGUAUAAUAAGACCGUAGUGAAAAUACCGACUGCACUCGUACUUGACUCAACUUUGCAAUAUGCAUAUUAAACGCUACAAAUUGCAGAACCAACGUGUGAAAAUAUUCAACGUAUUCUUAUCCAGUUAAUGUGACUAUACAAACCCAUUUUUUACUCGACAAUUUCUCAUAAACGUUCAACUGCUGCCAUUAUCCGAAUCGAUCAAGUAUUCAUGCAACCGGUAACCGUUACUACUAUCGCAAUAACUCUUCUUACAAAAUUCGACGGAACUGUAAAAUAAAAUACUAUCGCUCACUUUCCUCAAAAAGUGCCUAAUUAACCUGGAAAAUUUCACUUUUAGCUUAAUUAUAAAUGUAAAUUUAAUAACUAUCGAAAGGCACGAAUCGUAAAUAACCACUAUCAUGACGUAU